GCUAACGUCAUCAGGAAACACGAUGUAAACAGGUCGCUUUUGUCUGUUUAUCCGAUCACUCAGACUGACUUUAACUUUAGUUUAAUCGAUAAUAGUUUAAAAUCUCGCAGUUUUGUCUCGUUCCUGAGCUGUUAGCUGACUGUAGCUAACGUGAGCUAGCUGCCAGCGCGGUAGCUCGGAGCAAAAUGGAUGAAAACAAGAUGGUGGCUGGUAAAGUGAAGAAGCCGGGCAAACGCGGCCGCAAACCUGCAAAGAUCGACCUGAAGGCCAAACUGGAGCGAAGCCGUCAGAGCGCCAGAGAGUGCAGAGCCAGGAAGAAGCUGAGAUACCAGUACCUGGAGGAACUGGUUUCCAGUAAGGAGAGAGCCAUCUGCGCACUGCGGGAGGAGCUGGAGAUGUACAAACAGUGGUGUUCAGCCAUGGAUCAGGGGAAGAUCCCCUCAGAGAUCAAAGCUCUUCUGACGGGCGACGACCACAAAAUGUCUCAAGGCGGCAGCAGCACCAAGACGUCCAAGAACAGCAAGAACAACAACAACAACAUCAGCAGCAGCAACGGUCAGGGUUAGAGUGUACUCACACAAACCGCUUUCAUUUCCUAGUUAUGACAUCACGCCGACCCGCACGGACGAUGUUGUCGUGUCUGACAGACACAUGAAGCUAAUCCCCUACAGUUAUACUUUAAAUGUUUUCUACAGUCUGUCCGUCAUCAGACGUCUCCGCUCGUUUCACACCAUCUGCUCACAAUCAUUUUUACAAAUCAGGACUUUAAGACACUUUGAGGUUCACUCGUUCACCAGGAAGAACUUCAGACGUCUGAAAGGAAAUGUAUAGAAAACAUGGAGGACAUGAUGAGGCUCAAACACACUGGAAGCGUCUGACGUGUUGUUGUUGUUUUUAAACAAAGAGAAUAAAUCAAUAAAUAAAUCAAUAAAAGGUUAUUUACUGAUAAGUUUCACUGCGGUUACGUUCUAAAGCACAAAUAAAACAACCGUCAACAGAUGAUUUUACUGCGUGAACAGACGUUCAUCAGCCGACGCGGCGUAAAUACAAACAACAACAACAACAACAGGAAGCGUCUGACGUCACGCCGGACGCCGCCGCAGCAGCAGCAACAGCAACUUUCAGUGUGUUCGGCCUUCAAGACUUAAAGUAAAGUCUCAUAUGUUGUAUUUUAAAAUAUAUUAGCAUCAAUAAACCUGAAGGAAGGAAGUGUGAAGAAUCUCCACCUCCAAAAUAAAAUAAACUAAACAAAUUUCACCUUAAUAAUAAUAAUAAUAAUAAUAAUAAUAAUAAUAAUAAUAUGGAGGAUAUAAACUCCACUUUAUCUCAUGUUUCUCAACAUUUACUCGUUAACUUACAAUCAACUACAAUGACAGUUAAGCUGUAAACAAGAUAAACAAGCUUCAACUGUGACUAACGAUGAUUCUCAUCAUUGAUUCGUUAGAUCAGUUGUUUGCUGCUCGUUAAACAACCUGAAAUAUGUUUUUUUAUUUAAGUUCAGUUUAUGUUCCAGAUGAUAUUACGUCUCGUUCUCCGUGUGACCUUCAGUCUAGAAAUCAUUCUGGAUUUGUAAAAAAAACGAUCCUGAGAAGAUGGCGGGAAACUCUCGGUGGUGAUUUAAUAAGUCACGUGACGGACAGACGUGAUGAAUCUUUACGUGGAUGAGUUUAGUUUGUGCUUUAAAUGCUUUUUUUUUUUUUUUCUCUGUCUGUUGCCCUUCAUGACGUAUUUACGCACUUUUUAGGAGUUAAUGUAACAUUGUGGACGUGUAUUUUUAUUAUUUUUAUUAUUUUGAUUUGACUGAUUAUCUCUACAGGUGUUUGCCAAAAAAAAAAAAAAAAAAAAAAAAAAGAUUUGACGGCCUUCCUGUUGUAGCGUUAAAAUAAAGAUCCAAAGUCCGAAGAAGGAUCAGGAGUCAAAAUGUAAAGCGAUGAUGUCAGAGAGUGUUGGACAGAUGUGGAAUAUAUAUUUUUGUAUUUGUAUUUUAUAUCUCAGAUUGAGGAACGUUUUGUGUUUGUGAAUGUUUAGCAGAACAACUUCCUGCUGGUUCUUUUUGUUUUUAUUUUUGAGGCUUGUUGUGAAGAUUGUAAUUAUAAUUAUACAACAUAAACAAUAAGUAGGUCCACAACUUGUCAAUAUAUUCUGCAUUUACAUCAACAAACAUCAUGAUAUAACUUUUCUUUCUGCAUCUUUAUAAAUCUUUGCAUCUGUGAAGUGAAUUUCAUUUCUGUUGUUUUUAAGCUUUUUUUUUUUUUUUUGUCAGUGAGGUGAUGAGAAGCCUCAUUAAAUAUGUGCACUUUCUUAAAUUUGGCAGAAGCACUUUGUCAGCUGAUUCUAGGUUGAAGAUGAAAUCUGAGUCUGAACUGAACUCAAAUGAAAUAAAUGUGUGUUUAACUCUGA